GGACUCAUUAAAACAAGUACGGGCCUCUGAGAUAAGGACAUAUACUAAGACGCUUUGGGCACAUACUGGUCACACGCCUUGGAGACCCGACCAUGGCGCUGCUUACACAUACGUGGCUGGUGUUGUGGAUUGCAACUCUAUCAACGCAACAGAUCAGUGGCGCCACGCUCUGGAGCUGGAACCAUGAAAGCCAGAACAAAGACAUAAAUGUAGUCCUUAGGGACGGGUUUCACAUGACCGAUACCCAAGGAAAAUUCGGGAUCGGAGCAGACGACUCUCUCACCCUCGCUGAAGACCCCCAAAAUCCGGGCCAGUGGGUGCUAAGGGUGUUCUAUGCUCAUGGCAGCUAUAGCCAAUCCGGGAAGCACAGAGGAGCGCAGUUCUAUGGUACACCAAGCGCAGUGACAUCUCAUUCCUACACGACCUUGACCUUGGAGUAUGAGGUGUAUUUUCCGUCAUCGUUCGGCUGGAACAAAGGCGGAAAACUGCCCGGCCUUUGGGGAGGCACUCGUGACUGCUCCGGGGGUAGAAUUCAAGACACGUGUUUCUCGACGCGACUCAUGUGGCGCGCCUUGGGGGACGGGGAGGUAUACGCCUACGUGUCGCACACUCAGAAUCCCAGCUUUGACACGUGGUGCGCUAAAUACGACCACACGAGCACACCCGCUUACAUGCACGUGCACUGCACGGCUGACUCGGGCAUAGAAAUGGGAAAGGGCGCCUUUCGAUUCCAACACAACCGCUGGCACCACAUUCGACAGGAAGUGCAUCUGAAUGCCCAGCCGGGACAGAAGGGUUACAUUCGACUCUGGGUCGAUGGCCACGCGGAAAUUCACGUGACCGACGUGAUCAUGCGCGCUAACACACAUUUUGAUAUUGACGGACUGUUUUUCUCCACGUUUUUCGGCGGACAUGACAGCAGUUGGGCGAGUCCAAGCGACACAUACACGUACUACCGGAACUUCAAAAUCACAACGGAUACUCUCAACCCGUCGCAAAAUGAACUAGUCGGAUAGGGCUUUCCGAACACGGAGCAGCUGUAUACAAUAAAUUACAUGCAUGGUAUCUAAAAAAUUAAACCAAAUCGCAUUACGAA